AUGGUUUAUAUUGUAGUUCGCAUAAAUCGUGUGACAUUACGUUUAAUUCUAUCCGCUAUUGGAAUAAGUGUAUGUUGCUUUUUACUCGUAUUGAUUGUACGUAACUUCAGUAAUAAUACUCAUGAAAAAGAACCGAAGUCAGUUAAAUGUGACUAUCCAUCAACACAAACUUUAUUUUCUCAAACAACUUCAUCAGUAUCAAAUAUUACUCGAAACAAACCCAUACUGAAACCAUGUAAACCACUUAAAAAAACUUCUCCUGUGCAACGUGCCAUUGUUAUUUAUUAUCCACAUCAUCAAAGUGAGGAGUUUUUUCCAGAAGUCAGAUGGCUUUAUCGUUCAUGGGUUGAAAUGUUACUUGGUGAACCAUCAACAUGGCGAACAGAUCUUGUGAUAUUUACAUAUAAUUUUUCGAGUGAAUUUCGAAGACUUGGUUGUGUUCAUCGUCUUCGUCAAAAUAAGGAAGAACCAUCUAUGUGUCGACUUUUUCUCUAUGUGCCAAUACAGUUUCGAACAAAAAAUAUUACGGAUAACAAUUUUCAACAUGCAUUUGAUGAUGCAAAACGUGUUAUAGAAUCAUAUAAAGAUAUGAAUGACUCAUUUAUUGGUGUACCAUUAGUAAAUGAUAAAGAAACAUUUGAUGCAAAACGUUCAGAAUCUCUUUAUGAAAAUCUUCGAACAUAUGGUUAUAUUGAUUCGAUUAAUUCAAUCUAUGAAGGUUAUUGGACAUUUAAAACAUAUGAUUUUAUUUUACGUACUGAUAUUGAUGUUUUCAUUUAUCGUCAUUUUGCAACAUAUAUUCCAUCAAAUUGCACUUUCAUAACUGGUGGCGGUGGUUAUAGUACAGAUUUUAAUCGACGUAAAUUGAAACGUAUUGCUAAUGAUAUGGGUUUUGUACAUGUCGAUAUAACUAACAUGGGUUCUACUUGGUAUGGUUCACCAUAUGAUGCAUAUUUAGUUGCUAAUCAAACACUAUAUGGUAUGCUAUGGUUAGCACAUUAUGAAUUUGCUAUGCCGGAAAGAGAGUCUAAAUUAGGAACAUUAAUGUGGCCUGAAUGGCAUUUUGGUGUUUUACUUUUAUAUGGUCAACAUUUAGCGCUAAACCAUUUAGUUGGUAUAAAUCAAAUUCGACUACGAAUGGGUCAAGAUCUUCUUGAUUUAUCAUCAACAGAUGAUAGAGUGGAAUAUGUUCAACAAGGGAUACGUCUUAAUUUACAUUGUUGGCAUACAGAUUUACCUUUUUCAAAAUUUGCUUUUAAAAUGGGUAAAUAUAAUCAAACUGACUUAGAAAAAUAUAAAAAUGAUACUACUGCUCAAGCUUAUGCAAUGCGUAUGGCACUUGAAUCAAAGUAUAUGACACUUGAAGAAUUGGCUUCAUAUGGAAGAAAUAAAUCUUUAUCAUCUUAA